AUCUCCACGCAGCUUAAGUGUUAACUUAGCUUCUCGAUAUUUGCGCACAAAAGCGAUACAUGGGGAAGCACUACCGACGAAUAUGACAUCCACAGCAAGCGAGUCUUCUGAUGCGCUCGCAGAGUUGAUAUGGUCUAAAAACGUUUGUCCGACAUGCGCCAAACCUCGUAGUGACUCUGUUAGUAAGAACAUCAACAAUAUAACAAAUGUCAACAGUCACAAUUAUAGGACUUUAGGUGGCGGUGAUGCUUACGGCGGCGUCGACAAUAUUAAUGAUAACGUGAACGCUAACAUUCGUAAUUCUCGUCAAACGAUAGCAAAGAUACCAAAACUUACUAAAGUGAGAUCAGAAGCAGCCGGCCUAAAAAGGGUGUCCUUCGGUUCCUCUAAAGAUUCCAUGGUCAAAACGUUGGUUUUUGAAAAACUCUCCUUCUCUCCUUUAUCAGAGCAUCUGGAACUAAAUUUGGAAUGUGGUUGCGACGGCGAUCAUACGACACCUACCUACAAUAGGUACACUAAAUUUAAUACGGACAAGGUUGGUAUCGAAGUUCAAAAGGACUCAGCACGUUCAAUUGUGCGUGUGUCAACCUAUCAAUGCAGGAGACCGCAACAUAUCCUUGCUCCAAAAUAUUUUAAAAAACACGGAUGUACUGUACAUAAUACGUCAAGGAAUUUUAACCGUAAUUGUAAGGGUAGUGUAACGAAGCCUAUAUUAAACUACGAUCGGCAGCAAAGCACUGACUAUGGCUGGGAUAAUCCUUUUCGACCCGGCGGCGAUUUAUCUCGAGAGGCUGACGAGAUUGUUAAAACGGUCAGUAAUGGAAAGCCUAUCACACCUGCAAAAGAUCAGUCGAAAGGCAUUGUAAAGGCGCGAGAAAAUUACACUAACGCUGAUAAAGUGGACCUAGAAAAUGUCGCCACAUCAAACGUACCACAAAAUCAAUCGGCACAAAAUGAUACUACAUAUACCACACAAACAGUUGUAUGGGACGAAGUCAUCAAACCAGUAGAUAAUAAUGAUAUGACCUCUUUAGCUCAGGUUUUAAAUCAUUUGGUACCUGAACAAAUAUCUGCUAGUCAGGUGAUCAUAGGCAAAAAGAAGGGCUGCUGCGUCAUACAAUGA